GACAGGAACUUGUUCUUUUCACCUUUCAAGGUUGACCCUUAUCAACGAAUGAGAGGUUUCACGAGAAUUAAGAAAUGGAAUUUGAUGGCCAAGUUUUACUGGUGUUCCUCACUUAGCUUAAGCCAUAUACAAAGCCCAUAACCCACAGUUGCUCUCUCUUGGGACUCUCUAUCCACCAAUUGGCACGUUUAGUACCCGCCAAGUGUUUUUCCAUUGGGAAGAUGGCUGCUUCUUGUUUUGCUGCUGCUGCAAGAUUCUGAUCUGGCCCCGUCAGUUGUGCCAUACUUCUCGUUUCUUAAUUCAUGCUCGGUUCUUUGGCUUGAUUCCUCCGAGACAGAGUAGUGAAAUUGCACUGGAUAGUGACAUCUUGUGGGAAAAUUUUAAAAUCCUCUGUUGCAACUUAGACUUGGAGGAAUCGAGCUAUUCGAGCACCGGCAGCGAAUGGGCAUGGCCAUGGCAACUCAGGGCGCCGGCAGAGCUCAGCAAGAUGCGCAAUCCCAGAGCUUGAGCAGGCAGGGCUUAGACUGCAACCUCACUCUCGACCAAGUUCAGGACCACCUCGGCGGGCCCUUGCUCAGCAUGAACCUCGAAGACCUCCUCCGAAACGUCUUCCCCGCCGGCAAGGACAGCCGCUCCCCCGCGGCCGACUCCGGCGCCGGCGCCAUGAGAAAGAAGACGGUGGACGAGGUGUGGAGGCACAUCCAACGGGGGAAAGAGAAGGAGAGGCAGCAGCCACGUCUAGGGGAGAUGACUCUGGAGGACUUCUUGUGCAGGGCCGGAGUGGCCGGAGACGAGACAAACGAGGGCUGCGGGAAUAAGAUUGUGUUGGGCCCGACGGAGCACUCGUUGCACCACUGCCAUCCCCAGAAGCAGGAGCAGACCGUCAUGGGAAGAAACUACGUGUGUCAGCCGCCUGCGCCCCAGCCACAGGCUGCCGACUCCUCGCCAUUUGAUCCGCAAACGCCGAGGCGGAAAAGGGGGCGCUUCGAAGAUGUGGCCAAGAAGAAAGUGGAGCGAAGGCAGAAGAGAAUGAUCAAGAACCGGGAGUCGGCUGCCCGUUCUCGAGCUAGGAAGCAGGCUUACACCAAUGAAUUGGAGAAGAAAGUUUCCAGCCUCGAAGAAGAAAAUCAAAGGUUGAAGCAGCAAAAGGAGUCGGAUGCUAUGAUCCAGUUUAUUCCGCAGCCUUACCCGAAGCAACAACUACGUCGAACAAGUUCAGCACCUGUCUGAUCCAAUCGGGGAGGGAGUUGUGUGAUUUAGCUUAUUGAAUUUGUAUGGAGACUACUUGUUUGCAUGCUGAAUCAGUUACAGACCUGCCCUUGAAAUAUUGGAUU